GCUGCUUGACGUUGUUAGAAAAACAAUUUCUCUAUAGUAAAAACCUUUUAAUAGUUUAAUUUUAAAUUAUUUAUUUAUUAUUUCUCAACACUUUUUUCACUUUCCAGUGUGUCGUUUUAUAUAUUUUAGCUUUUUUUUUGUGGUUAAUUUUAGUUUUUUUGUGUGUGAACGAUGGAGCUGGAACAUUUACGGGGUGGGGGGGCUAAACCUGAGCACGGCACCAAUCGCCUCUACAAGAUCGCUCUGGCCAUGUCAGUGUGCGUCUGUGCUGCUUUUCUGCUCGCUCUCAUAGUGGUCUCUCAGAAAUCCAAUCAAGAGGAGUUUUGUCUUUCCCCAGAAUGCAUCGAAGCAGCCGGGUCCAUCCUGAGUAAGUUGGACCGGUCGGUCGACCCCUGUGAAGACUUCUACACGUUCUCCUGCGGCGGCUGGUUGAAGGAAAACACGAUUCCUGAAGACUCUUCGUCACAUGGCAUCUACCCCUGGCUGAGGCAGCAUGUCGACAUCCGACUGAAAGAGUUGUUAGAAUCUCCUUCGGACGCAAAAGAGCUGCAGGCCGUGACCAAAGCCAAGAUCCUGUACCGCUCCUGCAUGAAUGAAAGCAUACUGGAGGAACUGGACGCCAGACCGAUGCUGAAAAUGCUCCGACAGCCUGAGUUUCGAUGGCCGGUGUUGGGGGACGGACUGGGCCGGGAGUACCAGUGGUCUCAGAGUCAGUGGAGUCUCCUGAAGACGCUGGCGGAGAUGAGGACCCAGCACAGCAAGAGCGUCCUGAUCCGCCUCUACGUCUCCCCUGACGACAAAAACUCCUCCUACUACAUCAUCAAGCUCGAUCAGGCGUCCUUGUCUCUUUCUUCUAGGGAGGAUUACACCACAAACACUUCCUCUGCUCUAGGGAAUCGUGCUGCAUUGCUGAGUCUGAUGGUGGACACGGCCAUCAUGCUGGGCGCCCCAAAGCAAGCGGCGCAGACCCAGAUGGAAAAGGCUCUCGACUUCGAGACCAAACUUGCUCAUAUCCUGAUUCCCUAUGAAAAUCGCACCAGUGAGAACAUGUACAACAAAUACACGCUGUCCCGGCUGCAGCGCUCCAUGCCACAAUUUGAUUGGCUUGGAUUUGUGAAAGCUGUGGUGGAGUCCAAAGAUAAUCCAAGCCUUUCCAUUUCCUCCUCCGAGCCCGUCAUCGUCAGAACCCCAAAGUAUUUUAAGGAUCUCAUGAAGCUCAUCAACAGCACAGACGCCAGGACGGUAGCUAACUAUGUCCAGUGGAGGACGGUGUUUUCUAAGAUCACCACUCUGAGUCGCCGUUUCCUCUACAGAUACCUCGACUUCGCUCGGGUCACCACAGGUACUACGUCUCUGACUCCACGCUGGGAUAAGUGCGUUAACUAUGUGGAGAACUCCCUGGUUUACGCCACCGGUCGGCUAUUCGUCGACAAACACUUCCAGGAGCACAAGAAGCUCAUGAUGGAAGAGCUGAUUGAGGGGAUUCGGUGGGCUUUCAUCGACCUGCUGGAGAAGGAAAAUGACUGGAUGGACCAAGAAACAAAACAGAGAGCCAUAGAAAAGGCUCAUGCGGUCCUGCCUAAGGUUGGGUAUCCAGAGUUUAUUUUGAAUGAUACCUACCUCACAGAAGACUUAGAACAGCUAAAGUUCAAUGAAAAGGAUUACUACGGCAACGUAAUGCAGACGCUGAAGUUCAUCGCCCAAUCAGACGUCUCCUGGCUUCGAAGGAGCGUCCCACGCACAGAAUGGUUUACAAACCCAACCACCGUGAACGCCUUCUACAGUUCAUCCACAAAUCAAAUCAGAUUCCCAGCUGGAGAGCUUCAAAAGCCUUUCUUCUGGGGAAAGGAGUAUCCAAGGUCAUUAAGUUACGGCGCCAUCGGGGUGAUAGUGGGACACGAGCUAACUCACGGCUUCGAUAACAACGGUCGCAAAUAUGACAAAAAUGGUAACCUGGACCAGUGGUGGAGUCAGACAUCUGUAACAGCCUUUACCAAUAAGACCCAGUGUAUGAUUGAUCAGUAUAAUGAAUACUACUGGGAAGAAGCAGGUCUAAAUGUGCGUGGUAAGAGGACCUUGGCAGAAAACAUAGCAGACAACGGGGGAAUCAGAGAAGCAUUCAAGGCCUACAGGCGGUGGGUGGACAGCAGUAGAGGCGGCGUGGAGGAGCCUCUGCUGCCAGGACUGGAACUGAACAACAAUCAGCUGUUUUUCUUGAGCUAUGCGCAUGUUAGAUGUAACUCAUACAGACCAGAAGCAGCCAGAGAGCAGAUCCAGAGUGGAGCUCACAGUCCUCCCAAAUACAGAGUCAUCGGCGCAAUGAGCAACUACGAAGAAUUUUGGAAAGCAUUCAACUGUCCUCAGUCAUCGGUGAUGAACCGAGGAGCGGAGUCCUGCCGCGUGUGGUGACCUUUGACCUCAUUCUCAAGCCCUGGACCGGUGGUAAUAUCUGACAGGGUGACCAAAAUGUUUUUCACAAGGAGGGAACAACAAAAAAGUGAGUUGUUUGAACAUGUCUGGAAAAUAGAUGCUUUUUACGAGCCACACUUAGAAAAACAAAAUAAAAUUAUGAGAAUAAAGUCAUAAGAAUACAAGAAUAAAAAUGUACCAGAAUAAGGUCAUAAUAUUGCAGAGUAAAAUCUAAGUAACAUGAGAAUAAGAUCAUAAUAUCACAAGAAUAAAGUUUAAAUAAUACCACAGUAAAGUUGUAGUAUUCCAUGAAAAAAAUCAUUCUUGUAAUAUUUUGACUUUAUUCUUGUUAUUUAUUUAUUUUUCUCAGUGCAGCCGUAAUUUUCCAUAAAAAUGGAAACAUUUCCAUUUUUAAUCAGGUGGGAAUAUCUCUUUUUGGUGUUUUAUUGCAAAAAUCCUAAAUGAAUUUCUCUUCAAGCGACCACUAUUUAGAGAUUAUACUUUAAGUUUAUCAAUAUUGAUCAACUACUCUAUAUAUUAGUGUAAAUAUACAAUGUCUUUAACUUUUAUAUGAAUUAAAAACACAUUCCAGUCACAACUGGCUUAUAUUGUAAGAUUAGAAACACUGUAAACCAAAAUCAGUUCAUGUUUGAGCCUAAAUAUUUUCUUUUUCUUUAUGUGAAAACUCAACACUGAAACAAUAAAAGACUUGCUGGAAUAUUUUUAAAACCUAACACUGUUAAAAAAGCAGAUAUACAAGUUGUUUUGUUUUACUGAGCAGGUCCAAAUGACUUUGGUGUCCAAGUUUUAGGUCUUGAUAUAGUUCCUGCGCUUUGUGGCGUCGCCCUCAGUCUUAUGUUUACGGUGCAGUUUUGAUGUAAGUUCAUUAAAUAAAACAACCACAGGCACAAAAAGUGAACACAAAAUUUCAGGGGGGAUUUUAAACAAGACAAAGAAUGCAAUAAACCGAGUUAUCAGCAGCUCUAGAGUUGCUCAAUAACUCUCAAAAUGAUGACAUUUGAAAUAUUUUAAUAUUUUUUGGUGUUAUUUAAUGAAACAUUUUUCAAUCUAGAAGUAAGUUUCAUAAUAGAUGAAAUUCGAGGCAUCAUUUCACUAAUUGAGGUGACUAAAUGCUCCAAAAGUAAAACGAUUUUUAGAUUAAUCACACAAAAAAAUAUAAUUUUGAUUUUUCAUGCUCUGAAAUUUUCAGUUUUUUUGCUAGACCAUAUGUGAUUUUCAAAUUUUUUUUUUUUGAGGUCAAUCUCCAAAUUUUUCUUGAAAAUUUCUGAGAUUAAUCUCAAAAUUUUUGCUUUAUGGCAGAAAUUUACUCCUUUUUUCUAUUUACAAUGGCCAUAAUAAACCUUUGUUUGAACAUCUUCAAUUGAAAACCCCAAAACACAUAAUCUAAUGUCCAUUACAAACUAUUUUAAUUGAUAAUCAUAUAUUUUAGACAAACUAUUUAAUUAUUUUACUCACUUUGUUAUUCUGAAAGGAAACCAAAACAUUCAAGGUUUUACUGUACAGUGCAAUCAGUUUUAUCAUGGAAAUCUCUAAUAUAUUCAUUGUCAUGGUGAUCAUCUGCUGUUUUUUUGUUUUAUGUUUCUGAAACUUACUGUGAAAAUGUUUCUACAAUGUAAGUUUAUGCAACGCGUUUAUGUCCCUUUUUUUAUUUCCUCCUUUUUCUUGUUUCUGGUUAAAAUAAAACCGUGGAACGCCA